AUGCUUUCUGUUUAAACCCCAUUCAACAUCAAUACUUCAUAUUAAUAAAGCAUAAAUGCCUGCCUCCAAUCGUUUGAAUAAGCAUUAGAAGUAAAUUCAUUUACUUAAUUACAAGGCCUCUUACAAUAGAAUAAGCGACUAAAUUGAACUAAUAUUUGCACCUUUUAAUUAAAGCAAUGCUCUAGGAUUAUUAAUACCUCCUUCUGAUUUCUUAUUUAAGUCAAAUAUUUUUGAAUUACCUUCUAUUUCAAAUAAUUAAAAAAAACAGUUGACUUAGGAAAUAUUGCCAUUAGUUUCGACCAUUGUAUCAAGAGAAGUCAAAAAGAAUGAAUAAUCUUUGAAUGAAAAAUAUAAAAAAUAAAGUCAAGAAUUCCAAUUGAAAUUAAAUAAUAUAUAAGAAAAGAAAAGUCAUUAUAAGGAAAUCAUAAAAAUAAAGUAAUAGGAAAUUAAAUAAAUGAAAAUAUUGUUGUAAAAAGAAUAAAUAAUAUGUUAAAGCCCACUUCAAGACUAAUACAAUCUAAAAAAAUUCACUUUUGAACUGAUGAAUCAAAAUUCUAUUAAAUAAUAAGAAUAGUGUUAUGCAAUUGCAAUUAAUAAAGAUAACUCAAUUGUUAUAGCAGGUUGUGACAAGUAAAUAAAAGUAUUUGAUCUCAAAUAAGGGAUAUUAAAUGAAUCAUAACUCUUAAGUAAUCAUUAAGAUUUUGUGUGCACAUUAAACUUUAUGAAGAAAUCAAAUCAUUUUGUAUCUGGAAGUAGAGAUAAGUCAAUUAUAAUAUGGUAGAUGAAUUAGAAUAAUUAAUGGAAUUGCUAACAUAAAUUGGAAGGACAUUCUAAUGCUAUUGACAAUUUAUUAUUAAAUAAUAAUGAAGAUCUUAUUAUUUCAGGCAGUUAUGAUUCAUCUAUUAAAUUUUGGAAUUAAUAAAAUGGAUGGUUUUGUUAAUAAACUAUUAUAGAUCAUAGUGAAUAUUUCUUUUAGUUAAGUUUAAAUGAAAAGUAAGAUAAAUUGAUAUCUUGUUCAGCUGAUAAAUAAAUAUUAGUAAUUGAAUAUUCUUAGAUGCAUUAGAUAUGGAAUGUGAUUUAAAAGAUAAAAUUAGAAUAAUUUGGAUAUCGAUUGUGUUUUAUAAAUGAUAAUUAAUUCACAUUCUAACCUUAUGGUCAAGAAUAAAUGAAUGUAUAUGAGCUAAAUAGUAGUAAUCAAUAAUUUGUUAAGGUCAAGCAAAUUACUGUAAUAUCUAGUUCAAAUAGUUGUAUUAAUCUAUUUCCACAAUAAUAUUUAAAAUGUAAAUGUCUUUUAGUGAAUAAGAAUGGUUUAAAUAUCAACUUUAUAAGAAAAAAAGAAAACGGAGAUUUUGUAACUGAGUAAACUAUUUAAUUUGAUCAUCAUUAUAUUUUUGGUUAAUUAAGUGAUGAUGGUGAAUAUCUAAUCACUUGGGAUUUUGCAUCAAAGGAGAUAAAAACUAGAAAAUACAGAGAAUUAUGA